AUGCUUCAUGUCAACAGCUUCAUUUUACGGACUACAAUUACCAUUUGCGGACCAUCCUGGGUCAAUCAUGUCAAGAAAGACGACAAAGCCACCUCACUGUGGGACAAAUUCCACUUUGCAAGCUACAGUCACAGCGUGGGUGUUAUGCUGAUAUUCCUUUGGGGGGUUGCGAUAGCGACUAACUUUAACCAGGCUGACUGUGGACGAGAAUUUUAUCAACUGCAACUUAGAAAAGAGGUCGCGCAGAGACUUACCCCGUAAUUGUCGGAACUCAACCAAACUUAUUCCUCUCGCUACCCUGUGCGUCUGUGCUCUCUGUGAGCGAAGCCUCUUGGAUCAGAAGAACGAAACCCGGUGGAAAGAGUGGGUGA